AUUCAGUUAGCACUAUUGUUUUCUGUACAGUUUAAUACUUCAAUCAUAAGUAGCAGUAAAAAAUAUCUGGAAUUAGCUUUUAAAAAUAUGUAAUACGAAUUAAGUGAAAAUAUUAUAAUAUUGUCAUUUAUAAAAAGAAUAAUUAUAUAGAAUAUAAUAAAUUUAUAUUUUUUAUUUUUCAAAUGCUUUUAAUUUUUAAAUGCAAAAGAAACCAAUCUUUUGAGAAUCGUAAUUAUAUUUGUGAAUAUUUAAUUGAUUAAUGGUGAUUCCAUAGCAAAUGAAUAUUUGCAUGCUGCAGUUAUGUGCUUCCAUUGUGAAAACAUAAUUGUUUUAUGGUGAUAAUAUGUCAAAAUCAAACAUAAGGAAGAUAACGGUUGACCCUACGAAAUGUAAUACAGACUCUCGUCGACCAAGUGUAUUUGAGAGGUUGGGGACUAAACCAGCAGUUACUGCCGGCCAAAAUUCAUCGGAUUAUUGUAGAAACUGGGCACUAAACGGCAGCUGUUCAUAUGGAAAGAAUUGCAAAUAUGCAAAUACUCACACAUUAAUAAGUCCGUCCAAGCGUGCCAAAAAGGAUAAUGCUAUUGCAAGUACAACUGGACUUAUUGAAGAUCCAUUUAAAAGGCUUACUUCUAAGAUCGUAAAAAAGGCAUCACAUAGUCCUGAUUUAAAUUUAGAAGAGUGGAAUCAAACAGAUUUGGAAUACGAAGACGAAAAAGUAUUAGAGAGACGUAGACAGUUAUUGCAGCGUGAAUUAGAAUUACAAAUGAAGAAAGAUAAAGAAGUUCAUGGAAAAGAUAAAAUAAGACAAAAGAAAAAAGCUAUGACUUCUUCUUCUAGUUCACGUACUUCAAGUACAUCUAGCAGUAGUAGUAGUUCUAGUAGUGAAGAUUCAUCUUCUAGUUCAACAUCUGAUUCACGUAAAAAAAUAAAAAAAAUUAAAUCUAAGCGACAUCAUAGUGGAUCUACUGAUUAUGAUGAAGAUAAAGAAAGAAGACGAAAAUUAAAAUUAAAAAGACUUGGAACAAAAAAUGAAAAACCUUCAGUCAAGAAGAAACGUAAAUUUGAAAGUAAUUCCACAAAAAAGGAAAUUAGUGUUAGAACAGCAAAAAAAUAUAGUUCAUCUUCAGCAUCAAAAAAACAUUCUUCUACACCUCGUACAAGAUCUCCAGCAAUACAAGUAUCCACAACAGUAACAUCAACAACAACUUCAGUAUUAGGCUCUUCAAUAUCUGUGCCUCAUCAUGGAACAUCCAAUAAAAUUAGAGAAAGAAACAGAAGUGAAUCUCCAAAAAUUGUAAAAGGCAGAGAUAUGGAGAAAGAAGAUAAACAUUAUAAAAAAAUACGUGAUAUAGAUGAAUUAUCUAAAGAUAAUGUUAAAAAUAAACCUUUUGAUAAAAUUAAAGAACAGGAUAAAGAAAAAAGUCGUGCAAUAGAUGAAAAAAUUAAAACAAACGAAAGAUUAAAAGCAAAAUGUAAAGAUAAAGAUAUACGAUCUAGAACAUCUCCAACAUCUGAAAGAUCAAAACAUCAGCAUUCAAAAGAAACGAUUUCAACUAAAACUCGUCGUAGUCGUACACCCGAAAAGUCAUCAAGAUCUAAACGAGAGUUUACACCAUCAAAAACUCAAGAUAGACAACUUUCUACAAACAGAUCUCGAGAUACAGAAAAGAAAGAUCGUGAAUCACAUAAAAGUGAUAAAAGUAAAGACAGAGAAGAUAUACGAAAAAAUGAACAAAAUAGCAAAACUAGACAGAUAUCGAAUCAAGAAGAAAGCCAUAGAAGAAUCGGUAAAGAAUUUGAUGAUAAAACUUAUUUAGGCGAUAAAACUCGACAAAAGAGCAGGGAACGUCGUGAUAAAGAACAUACGAGAGAUGAGCGUGGGCAUUCAAGGCUUGCUCGAGAUCAACGUGAUGGACGUGAUAAAGAUAAAGAAGAUUUACAAGAACGUUGUCGUGAACGACCACGGGAAAGAGAUCGUGAUCGAGAUAGAGAUCGAGAACGUGAUCGCGAACGAGACAGAGAUCGAGAUCGGGAUCGUGAUCGUGAUAGAGACCGAGAUCGUGAUCGAGAUCGAGAUCGUGAUCGAGAUCGUGACCGUGAUAGAGAAAAAGAAUCAAUUAAAUCAAGAGAUAGAGAUGUACCAUCUUUAGUUUCAACGUCAAUAAAUUUAACAGCGGAUAAAAAUACACGUUAUAGUCGGGAUAAAGAACGAUUAAUAAUGAAAGAUAAUAUUUUUGAAAAAAAUGGAACUCGAGAACGUAGAAGUGAUAGAGAAAGAGAACGAUCUGAAACAAAAACUCUUUCUGAUAGAGACAGAACGUCGCAGCGUAUUGAUAAUAGAUAUGAUCGAAAUACUGUAGAUAAGGAUACGUCAGUUCGUAAAGCUGGUGUAAAUUCACCUAGAGAUCGCGUUGAUCGUUUUCCGCGAGAAAGAUCGUUAGAUAGAACAUCGUUGCUUGAUAAAGGUACGCACAAUGUACCCCCAUUAUCACAAGCAUCUUCUUUACCAGUCGUUCAAUCUUCUAUAGCAUCUUCAUCAUCUUCAUCCGCUCCACCUACAUUAUCAAAUUCGCGAGAUAAUUUAAUUGAUAGAAUAGAUGUUACACAUUAUGAUCGUGAAAGACACAGACGAUUCAGCACAAGAUAUGAUCGAAAUCAUACAUCUGAGCAUGAUCAAUCACGUAUUACGCCAACCAAAGUUGAUCGGUUAAUCGAAAGACGAGAAAGCAGUCCACGACGAACAAUUGAAAUCGACAGAAAUUAUAAUAGAAAUUACGGACGUUUAUCAGAACAUUGGGAUGAACAGGAGGAAGCAUCUUCACAUUUAGAUUAUCGUGAUCACCAUGUUCAUGAAGAUGAUAGAAGAAAAACUGUUGAUGGAAGAAGAUAUGAUAGUCCAUUUGAUGAAAGACGUGGAAUUCGUGAAGAAAGAUCUCGAGAAUCUAGAUAUGUUGUUCAAACGACUGAUAGAAGUUCCUUUGAUGAUCAUCGGCAUCAUCAUCAUCAUCAUAGACAUCCACUUUAUUCUGGAGAAAAAUUAAGAAGUAACACAUCUAUUAGAGAUGAAAAUGUUCCUAAUGAUGAUUGGGAUAAUCAUCAUCGUGAUGUAGAACAUAGCCGAGAGCGAGCUUAUGGUCCCGUUGAUUGGGAAGAAAGAGAAUGGCGAGUGAGAGCAUUAUGGGAUAAUAGAGAUAGUCUUCCUCGAUCAGAAGUACAUGAUGAUGACUGGAAUUCUCGAUAUGAUAAUUCUGUAUCAGAUUGGAAAUCAAGCGAUUCUCGAAAAUGGGAUAAUCAAUCAAUGCAUAUUCGAAAUCACUAUAGAAAUGAUCGAUCCAAGGAAUUAGAAAUAGCAGAAUCCACAUCACAUAAUAAAAGAAGAACUUAUAAUAGUUCUGAAACUAGAGAUGAAUGUACAGUUCAUAAUUCUAAACAAGCAUCUUUAUAUGGUAGUAUGAAAGAAGAACCUAUUAAUAAAAAGUUAAUGGAAUUAGCAGAAGGUAAAUUAUCUAUAACUCGAGAAAAAUCUAUAGAUACUUUUCAAAAAAAGACUGUCUUAAAAGAAAAAUCUGAAACAAAAGAAACUGUUACAUCUGAUUCAAAACGUACUUGCAUUGAUGAAUCUUUACAAACACUUCAUACUGAGAGUGAUCUCAGUGAUAUUAGUGAUGAUCCAGAUGAUAUAUUAAACAUGGAAGAUAUCACAGAUAUAGAUAUAAAUAAAACGAGAGUAACAAAAAGAAAUCCCGAUAUUAUACAACGAGAUGGUCAACCAACAACUCAAGAGGCAGAUCUUUCAUCUCCAAAAGAAACUAUAGAAGAAACAGUUUUUAAUACUAAAGGAAAAGAUAAUACUGACACAAUAUCAUUUAGAAACAUGGAAGAUGAAAAUAUGGAAACUAUGGACUUUGAAGAAAUUUCUGAUGGUGAAUUAGAAGAGGACAUUAAAACGAGUGGUAAAGGUUUGGGAGAUGCUUUAGGAGUUGAUUGGGAAAGUCUUGUUAAAGAAACGCAAUCCCGUAAAUCUACAUCAUGUAAUCAAAAUUCAGAAAAUCGUUGGCAAUGCAAGGCAAUUCUGCAUAGAAUUGGUGUUUCUGCGAAAUAUGCAGGUGAAGAUGUAAUGAAAAAACUGACAAAAAAAUAUGGAAAGGAUGAUCAUUCGGAAUUUUUCCUUCACAAUGUUGCAUUUAUGCACACAGCACUUACACGAAAUCAUUUGUUGCGUGAUUUAAACAAUGAUACGCUAUCUAUGGUAGAUGAUUUUCUGUAUAGGAAUAAUAAUGUAAAUAUUGAUGAAGACGUAGAUUACGAUUUAGAAGUUUUAAGACCUUGUACAGCUUUAUAUGAAGAAGCAAAAUGUUUAUUAGAACAAGCACAAACGUACAUGUAUAUAAGAGUUAUAUUAUUUUUAUUCAGAAUGCAUUAUAAAAAGAUGAACAUUGAAAAAUUUCUAAAUGAAAAAUCUUUCAUUCUGGCAAUAUUUUUCUUCUUAACGAUCAGUUUUUCACGAGGUCUAAAUUGUAGUGGAGAUCCUUGUAUGUACGGAAUAUGUUUAGAAGAUAUAAACAGCACUUAUUCUUGCUACUGUAUCGAUGGUUACACUGGAAUCAAUUGCGAAAUCAAUUGGAAUGAUUGUUGGUCUAAUCCUUGCCUAAACGGAGGAACAUGCAACGAUGCUGUUGCUGCUUAUAACUGCACUUGUACCGAAGGGUUUGUAGGUAUAAACUGCGAGCAAAAAUAUAGCGAAUGUUCGAAUCAACCCUGUCUAAAUAAUGGAACUUGUCUCGAUUACGAUGGUAUUACUUGUCAAUGUCCUGAUGGGUACUCAGGAGAUUAUUGCGAAAUUGAUGCUUCGGUUUGUAAUAAUACAAUAUGUAAAAAUGGAGGUGAAUGUAUGGAAGGACCUGGAUUUUCUUUUUUUUGUCAUUGUUCUGAAGGUUGGACAGGUCGAUUAUGUGAUGAAGAUAUCAAUGAAUGUAUUACAUCACCAUGUAAAAAUGGUGGUCUUUGCAUUAAUAUUCCUGCGUCAUAUACUUGUGCUUGUUUAUUUGGAUAUACAGGUAAAGAUUGCGAUAAAAUGAUUGUACCCUGCGAAGAAAAUCCUUGCAAAAAUAAUGCAAUAUGCUUAUUCGAGGACGAACGUCAAGUUUGUUAUUGUGUACCAGAUUAUCAUGGUGCAUUAUGUGAAUUAAAAUAUGAUGAUUGUGAAUCUAAAUUUGCAAACUGUGAGAACGGAGGUACUUGUAUCGAUGGUAUCAACAGUUUUACUUGCGUUUGUCCAACAUUUUAUAGUGGACCAUUUUGCAAUGUCUAUGAUUUUUUAUCGACUACUUCGUUUUUCGAAGAAACAUUUGAGACUGAUAAUGAAGAAAGAAGUACUGCCUUUACUUUAUUUGCAAAAUCAUCAGCACUGCCAGAAAUUGAUACAUCAUCGUCAAUGAGUACUUCCAUAACAACGCAACCUUCAACUUCCUUUAAAAACAUCAAUCAUUUCUAUACAAUAUGGUACCCUUCUAUAGAAACAACCACCUCAAGUUAUAAAAACGGUGUUAAUUUUUUUAGUAGUAGUAGUAGUAGUAGUAGUAGUAGUAGUAGUAGUAGUAGUAGUAGUAGUAGUAGUAGUACCGAUACUAGUAGUAAUAUUAGUAAAAGCAGUGUAGAAAGUACUCCAUUUAUUACCGAUAUUUCGACUAUGUAUCCUGUUACAAGUAAAGAGAUAUCUCAAACUGAAACGGUCUCGUUAGAACCUCGAACAUUUCCUAAUGUUUCAAAUGAAAUUCAUUCGAUGAGUUCAACAUUAAAAAUUGAGACUGAAUAUUCGACACACAAAUUAAUUUAUAAUGAAACAAAUACAACUGAAAUUACUUAUCAAGAGAAUGAUAGUAGAACGCCUAAUCGCUCUAUCAGUGAUACAUCAUCUUCUGAAGAAGGAAGUACGAUGGGAUAUAUUUUAAGUACAAGAUAUUAUACAGUUGUAACUAAAGCUGCUAAAAAAACGACAGAAGAACCUGUAAUGGUAGAAACUAAAACUAAUAAUACUUCAUUUUCCACUAGUACAUCUUUUUUAAAUUUUACGGAAUUUUGGAAAAAUAAAAGCUCAGAUUCAAAUAUGUCAAUAAUAGAAGUGCCAAAAACUACAUCUUAUUCAUUAAUAGAUAAAUGGUCGUCUACAGAACUAUCAAAAUCUUCUACAGAAAGUUCUACAUUUAGUAGUUCUACUUUUACUAAUAAUAUUUCUUCACUUGCAACAAUUAAUAGCUCUAUAAAACCAACAUUUGAAAUCUAUCAAAUGAAUACUACUAACAAAGAAGGUGAACAGUUUUUAACAAAAGAUGAAUCAGUAACAAUUUCAGAAAAUUCUAUCAUUCCUAAAUGUUAUGGAAUAUUGUGUCCAAAUUCCACAGUAUCGCCUAUACGCAACGAUAAUAAUUGUAAUUGUUCGUAUCAUAAAAAUUGUAAAACUGAUCCAAAUAUAAUGCGCGCGGCAUUUAAUGGAAAAUCUUACGCAAGACAAUAUGUAGAUGUAGAAAUUUCAAGCGACAAUAACGCAACAUUAAAAAUUUUUGUAAAACUUAGAACGCAUUUUAAAGAUGGUAUUAUAUUACAUAUUUAUUUCGAUGAUGAAAAAUAUGCUUUGGUAUAUUUAGAAUAUGGUUCUUUAAAGUUUCAAUUCUCCUGUGGAGUUGAAACUAUGUUACUUGGUGAAAUAGACUCACCUAUUAAUAAUGGAUACGAAGCAGAUAUAGAUACAAGAUUUCAAUAUUUCAUGAAAAAUGAAACCAAUAAAUGUUCAGCUCGUUUAUUAGUAAAUGGAACAACAGCAGUUAGUGGAGAACAAAUUUUACCAUUACGUGGAAAUCUUCCACGACAUGCUAAUUUACAUUUAGGUGGUAUACCAUUGGUAUUUUCCCAUUAUUUUGCUCAUGUCUCUAUGGGAUUUACAGGUUGCAUGAAUUCACUAAAGGUGAAUGAUAUAUCACGUCAUUUUAUUCAUGAUUCAAUUGAAACAUUUCAAAUUGAAGAUUGCAUAUCAUUUUUAUGCUUGUCAAAUCCAUGUCAAAAUUUUGGUGCAUGUGAAGAAAUAAAUAAUACUGUGCAUUGUAAAUGCAUAGCCGGAUAUAUCGGUCCUUUUUGUGAACGUUCAACAUGUGAUGAAAAUCCUUGCGCUUUGGGUGCAACUUGUAUCAAUUCACCAGGUACAGGUUUUGUUUGCGUUUGUCCACUUGGAACUCAUGGGCUUUUAUGUGAAAAAGAUACAGUUAUAAUGCGACCAUCAUUUUCGGUACUUGUACCUGGAUUCUCAUCAUAUGUUGCUUAUGGGAUUUCAAAUUCUAUAAAAGAUACAAUGGAAUUGAAACUAAAACUUAUACCGCGCACUUAUGAACAAAUAUCUUUAAUAGCUUAUUUAGGACAAAGUGGAUCUCAUCAAGAUUUAUCAGAUCAUCUUUCCAUAACAUACGUUCGUGGUUAUAUUAUGUUAACAUGGGAUCUAGGAGCAGGUGUACGAAGAAUAUUUACAAAUGUUCCUUUGAUUACUACAACAACGGCAACAAUGAAUAAAAAUAUAGCAUAUACAAUUCGAAUUGGAAGAAGAGGUCGAGAUGCAUGGCUUGCAGUAGAUGGCAUAGGCAAUGUAACUGGGCGAGUGGUUGGAUCUAUGACUCGACUCGAUGUAUCACCAAUACUUUAUAUUGGUGGACACAAAUCAAAAAACUUUGAAUCUUUACCUCAUGAUUUGCCACUUCAUACUGGAUUUUCUGGCUGUAUAUUUGAUAUUGAAUUACGUACAAAAAAUACUAUUUAUUCAAUAACCAAUUCAAGCCCUGCAACAGGUCGUGGUGUUGGUGAAUGCCACAGAAAUGAAUGCAUUCAUCAUUUAUGUAAAAAUGGUGCAGUAUGUUUAAAUCAUGGAGCAACAUAUAGUUGUAUUUGUACGAAAGACUGGAUGGGAUCUGACUGUUCCAUACCAAUAGAAACAUUAUCUUCUAUUAAUCCAUUUUCUUGCCAUAGUUCAAAAUAAUAAAAAUAUGUUAUUGUUUAAUUUUAUUUUAAUACAUUAUAUGAAAUUAAAUUUUAUAUAGAAUUCAUUCAAUUAAUUUUUAUUAUUUUCUUUUGGUUGAUACGAUACAGAAUAAGAAUUCAAAUGCACAAAUAAAAUAGCAGCAGCUAAACGAGCUUGUAAAUCAUACUUAUUAUGAUCAUGAAACCAUUCUACAGAUCCCCAAUGAGAAAUCUACAAUUAAAAAGUAAAAUAAUAAAAAAAAAAUUAUAUUAUAUUAAAAAAAUAUAUAUAAUAAAAAAACAAAUUAUAUUAUAUUAUAUUGUAUUAUAUUAUAAAUCUUUGAACAUAAAAAUUAAUAUACAUACUUGAUAAUUUUCCUCUAAACGUGAUUGUUUUACAGCUUCUUUUAUACUAAUAACUCUUUCUGCUGCAGCUAGUGUAAGAAUUACAGAUUUAAUUGCAUCUACUCCAUACAUAAAACCUAU